CGGCGCUGCGCUGGCGGGCCCCUCCGCCGCCGCCGCCGGGCCCCCAGCCAUGUCGGCCGAAGAGAUGGUGCAGAUCCGCCUGGAGGACCGCUGCUACCCGGUGAGCAAGAGGAAGCUGAUCGAGCAGAGCGACUACUUCCGCGCGCUCUACCGCUCCGGCAUGCGCGAGGCGCGGCGGCCCGAGGCCGGCGGCCCGGAGGUGCAGCAGCUGCGCGGCCUCAGCGCCCCGGGCCUGCGCCUGGUGCUCGACUUCAUCAAUGCCGGCGGCGCCCGCGAGGGCUGGCUGCUGGGCCGGCCGCGCGAGAAGGGCGCCGGGGCGCCAGAGGAGCCCGAGGAGCUGGAUGAGGGCGGCCUGCUGUCCGAGCUGGUGGAGGCGGCCUCCUUCCUGCAGGUCACGUCCCUACUGCGGCUGCUGCUGUCCCAGGUGCGCCUGUCCAACUGCCUGGAGCUCUACCGCCUGGCGCAGGUGUACGGGCUGCCCGACCUGCAGGAGGCCUGCCGGCGUUUCAUGGUCGUGCACUUCCACGAGGUGCUGUGCAAGCCCCACUUCCACCUGCUGGGCGAGCUCAGUCUGAAGCAGAGGCUGCGGGAGGACCGGCUGAGUGGGACGCCCGUGCUGGUGGCCCUGGGAGACUUCCUGGGUGGGCCCCUGGCCCCACACCCUUACCAAGGGGAGCCCCCGUCCAUGCUCAGAUACGAGGAGAGGACGGAGCGGUGGUUCCCUCUGGCCAACAACCUGCCCCCGGAUCUGGUGAAUGUCCGGGGCUAUGGGUCGGCCAUCCUGGACAACUACCUCUUCAUCGUGGGCGGGUACAGGAUCACCAGCCAGGAGAUCUCAGCGGCCCAUUCCUACAACCCCAGCACCAAUGAGUGGCUCCAGGUGGCGUCCAUGAACCAGAAGAGGUCAAACUUCAAACUUGUGGCUGUCAAUUCAAAACUCUACGCCAUUGGUGGACAAGCUGUUUCUAACGUUGAGUGUUACAAUCCUGAGCAGGAUGCGUGGAAUUUUGUGGCCCCCCUACCAAACCCCUUGGCCGAGUUCUCUGCGUGUGAGUGUAAGGGGAAGAUUUAUGUCAUUGGUGGCUACACCACAAGAGACCGCAACAUGAACGUCCUGCAGUACUGCCCGGCCGCCGACGCCUGGACUCUCUUCGAGACGUGCGACGUGCACAUCCGCAAGCAGCAGAUGGUGUCGGUGGAGGAGACCAUCUACCUAGUGGGCGGCUGCCUGCACGAGCUGGGCGCGGCCCGCAGGAGCAGCCAGAGCGAGGACAUGCUCACCGUGCAGUCCUACAACACGGCCACACGGCGCUGGUUGUACCUCAAGGAGAACACGUCCAAGUCGGGCCUGAAUCUGACAUGCGCGCUGCAUAACGACGGCAUCUACAUCAUGAGCAGGGACGUCACCCUGUCCACCAGCCUGGAGCACCGCGUCUUCCUCAAGUACAACAUCUUCUCCGACAGCUGGGAGGCCUUCCGGCGCUUCCCAGCCUUCGGACACAACCUGCUGGUGUCCUCCCUCUACCUGCCCAACCGCACAGAGGCCUGACGGCCUGUGGGGCCUGGGCGAGGAUGCUAGGCCGUUCCCAGGGCAAGGGAGGCCGGGGUCCAAAGAGAAAAGGGGGCUGUCAGCUUGUCACGUGGACCACAGCUGUAAAUAAGCUUCCCUGAACUAUAGACUUGAAAACGUGGGGGGCAAGAGCCCUGCUUUUUAAUUUUUUUUAUUCUUGAUUUUUCCAUGCUGGGAGCACAUCCAUGAUAAUAAUGUUUUCAUUCAAAUAUCAUCCCCUUGGGCCAAUGACUGAGUCUGAUGGGCUCAGUCAGUAGAUUCUUGGAGUAUGCUUAGUCACUUGGGGGCCAAAGUCAGUAAAGGGUAGGCGAGUGGUCAAAUGAUCUUAAAAUCAAUUUUAUUUAGGUCACUUGAGAUAUCUGUGUGAGAUUUUUGUUGUUGGUAUUAAUUUAGUUGACAGGUGUUUAUAUUAACACCAUUAUUCUUCCCUCGCUCCCCCCACUCAUACCCAUUUCUACCCGUAGUGUUUUUAAACUAGGGCUCUAUGGUCAGAUAUUUUAUUUGCACACUACUUUCCAGGAAACUUACACUGAUGAAACCCUAGAGGGAUCACUGCAGACAUCCAGUCCUCCCCAAAACUUGCAUAAAAACAUCCUCAGCUAUUUUUCCAAUCUUUUGGGCAAUUUUGAUGCUGAGUAAAUAGGCUGACAUAACUUCUUUUACUGAUGUGACAGAUUGCAGACUAGGGGUUCUGUUACUUAAAAGAGGAUAUAUUGUCUUAAAGUAUAUAUAUAUAUAUAUGAAGUUGAGUCUUAAAUGGGAAGAGGAGGAAGCACCAAAUGAGAAAACAAAUUGCCUUUGAAGCAUUGCCUUUAUUGAAUGUAUUUGACUUAGUUCUUUCAAGAUUGAAAACAUUAUCACGCUUAAAUCAGGCCUCUUUCUAAUUGAACCUUUGCCUUUAACUUAUGCUUUGCUUUUGUGGGGUGACGUGAGUUGAGCUGUGAAAUUCUGUCUGUAGAGAUGGAAGGAAGUCCAUAGAGGAAUGGCUCUGAUGGUGUUUCUGAAAUUAGAUACUGGUUCCACUUAUGGAGCCCAGCUCACGCAGUAUUUGUUCUCAGUAAAUCAGUGAGCAAUGAAGAGGAGCUGCCUGUCGUAGGUCAGCAUUUCUUUAAAAAUUAUACACAUACAGCCAUUAUUUUUCCAUUGAAAAUCCCUUCCUGAAAUUCCCCAAACUUUGUAAUGGAGUCAUCGAAUUGUGAGCUGGACUCUGUCUUCCAUUCUAACUUCCCAGUUACAGCAUGCCUCACUAAGGAAGUCCCACAGAAAAGCAAAAGCAACAUUCAUGCUAUUCAGUAGACACUUUGGGUGCCUCCAGUCUGCAGUGUCAGUGCUGCUGGGGUACAGGAAGCUGGUCCUUCCAGAGUUCUUCAGUUUCCACAGGGGACACUACAGGGUUUCCUUACAACCAGGGCCUCCUCGUUAUUUAAAGUAAGGGUCCGGCUGUAAUAUAUUUGCACUGCUUUUCAGGAAUACUUGCAAAAUGAGGAAAGCCUUCAAGAUGAACAUGGAAACAGAUUUUUGUAUCUUGUCUCUACAUAAUCUUAGUACUCUCUUUACAACACUGUUUAAGGCUUUCUAAGUAGAUCCAAUUAUUAAAAUAUUUGAUCUUUUUUUGGAAACUGAAAUCUUCCUGGGAAUGGUACUUUAAUAGUAAAUUUAUAUUAAUUUAUAUUCAUUAUAGACUUUAGUUCCCAAUACCCAUAAUUUCAUUACAUGUAUUUAAAAAUCUAAUUUAUUUUAGAUAAUUGUUAAUUUUUGUUGCUCAGAGCUUAACAUUUUUAAGGUUUAACCUUAUACUACAGAUUCAGGAAAUUCUAGUCUGAAUUAGUCUGAAUUAGUUCUGGACAAACAAUUGCAGCGGAGCUUGUAAAAUAACCACUUUGUGCACAAUGCAAUAUUAUUUCCAUCUAUCAUUUCUCUCCCUGAUUACAUUCUGUGGGUUACUCCCCCAAUGUCAACAAGUACAUUCUUGGACCAAGUGAAGGCAUACUCUGAUCCACAAAGAUCUUUUUGAUGUGUGUAUAUGUGUAUGUGUGUGUAUAUGUGCAAGUGUGUAUGCACCUGCUGGCCUGUUACAGCUCUAAGUCACAGACUUCUAACAUGGUCUUAACUCCAUCUUCUAGCUGUGUGUGGGCAAAACGGAGUGUACAGUAGGAAGAGAUUCAUGCAUUUGGGACAUCAUCCUUCCUCUGUAGAUAUAAAGUCUGUUGACAUUUGAAGGUGAUUUUAGCUCCGCUUUGAGCUCUUGCUGGUGAUGUUCAUGGAAGACUCUACCUAUGAUGGAGGCAAUGUUUCACUGAAAAUCUCCCCUGUCCCCCAGGCCUUUGCUCUUUGGUAAUAGCCCUCCCUUUUCUUCCUUUCUCUAAAUGCUUUAUCCUUCUUUUCUGAGGUGCUUUGAGAGGUGCUUUGUGAGCUGGCCUACCGCAAUGAAGAGAGGAGGUUCUGGCAUCUCCAUGGGAGCUGGCCUGCAGAAAUCAUGUGUUUUGCAGAGAAUAAUUGGAAGGCGAGUGAGUGCUGAGUAAAUUAGUGGAGGGAGAUUGCUGGUUCUUCCUGUCAUUCCUUCUGGUUUUCCUUUCAACACUCUCUGUUUCUGAGGCCUCUCCUCUCCCCUUAACAUCCUUUCUGAUGACUGUGUAAGAGUCCGUUAUUCUAACAGUCAUAACAAUGAAUUACUGAGAAGGUUAUGGAUAUUAGUAAGAAACCAGAUUAAGCAUGAAUACCAAAGAGAAUGGAACCAUGUCAUUGUUUUUGAACCAAAACCCCAAGAAAUUCCAAAUGCCUUAGGUAUCGCUUCAGGUUGUCCUGAGCGGCCCCUGCUGGUUCUCUACAAAGGGAACAAUCACAUAAACAAAUGCCUGUUCUCUUUCAACAAAGUUACUCACUGACAUGGUGUAGGCUGUUCUGCAGAUUUCCAGGUAUAGUUGGGACCCCACCUGUGUGGCCAUUGAGGUCAGUUGAGGGGGAAGGCCUUGACCUGCUCAGCCAGCAUAUUGUGAGCUGCAUCUUUCUGCAGAGCUCCCGAGAGGCUGCAGAGCCACAGAAAAGGACAUGGAUGAGAUGUUGGGUGCCUUUCUCCUAGACCAGGGCUGGGGAACACGUCACAUCUGUGCCCCUAUCUUCCAAGAAGGCAUCACACAUUGGCGUCACACAUUUCCUCUGGACCAAGACUCUGUUUCCAAGUCCAUGUCAUCAUUGUCUCCAGGCAUCCAUUUUCUGUCCCCUAAAGUAGAUGGCACCUCAGAGGAGUGAAUGAAUCUGGUAAGUAAAUACCAUCCCCAGUGGCUGAAGACAGGAAGCUGAUUCAGUUCAGCUCCUCAUUUCCCAGAAAUACCUGCCGAGUGUCCAUCCCUGUGUAAGACCAUGCCAAGAACAGGGAUGCAGACAUAAAUAAGCCACUGCAUCUGCCACUGAGUUGGUGUUCACCACAUUUGCAACUUGAGCAUCCUUCUCAGAGAUCCCCUUUCAUCAGGUGCCCUAGGGCUCUCUGGGCCGCUGCCUGUUCUGUCCUAGUCUAGUUGACCUCUCAUGGUUUAGUAACAAUCACCAUGACUUGGCUUUUCUCUGAGUUUGACCAUCACAGACUACUUUUUUUUAAUUAUAAUACUUUUCUCCUCACUACUCAUAGUUUUCUCCAUACUUCAUUUUUAUGAAAAAAUCUUAUAUAUCACCUACUUUAUUUUAAAAAACUUAGACGAGGCACCAGAGCCUUUGGAGCUAAGGGCUUAGCAGCUUGAUUGCAUGAAAAAGAGGAGUGAGGCUGGGUCCAUAAGUCCCGGGAGAAGCAGGCUGUUUGCAUGUGCAUUUAAACCUAUGCCUUUAAAACACGUCCACAAAAAGUAUUAAUAAAUGUUCCUUAAGACAAAAGUUGUGACUUAAAAGUUGGUUGAUUUUGACUUUGUGAGGUAAUUACCAAAAUGUAUUUUGUCAUUCUUAGCUUUCUUUCACAUGAGAGUGUUUUCUUUUCAUUUUCUUGUGUUAACUUAGGAACACGAUGUAAAAAUACACCAGUUGACACAUGCCGACUGCACUUGACACGAGUGUUUUAAUCCAUUCCUACAGGAGACAGAUUCCAUGUAAAAGACAGUCAGUGCUAAGAGGCAAAGGGUACUGAGAUGCCUUGGAUGGGUUGGCAGGCGCCUUCUCGAGUGGAUGUCAUAGUUUAUUACUCGGGAAGAAAAAGAAAAUGUAAUUUGCUUUGUGUAUUUUUUCUAAAGCAUCAAUAGGGGAUUUUUAGAUGUCUGUAUGAUGUUACAUAUCUAGCGGUCAUCUUAGGAAAAAUGGUCAUCUGUAGAAUAUAUAGUUACGUUUUGUUCUGACUGAUACCUUCUUUGUUGAAAAGGUUGUAUUAUGUUUUCAAUUUCAAGUGUGGCUUAAAAAUGUCUCCAUUAUCAUGAUUCUUUUAAAUACAAAGAUGCCUAUGAAGCACUCAAAAAGCGCUCAUGUUGUGUUUAUAACUAGAACUACAGGAGAAUAUCUCUCCCAAUAAAAUAAUUCCUCAUUGGUCUUUGUGGGGACUGGCUGUGCACCCA